UCCAAGAUGGAGGCGAACGGUCCACAACUUGCGCGACAAUAUGUUAUGGAUAAAAAGAGGAAACAAGAUGCCAGUCAGCAGAAAUGCCAAAAGUGUCUACAGAUGGGUCACUGGACUUAUGAAUGCAAUAACAAACGAAAAUACGUCCACAGACAGUCGAGAACAGCAGUAAUGAAUAAAAAAAGGAAAGCUUUGAUGUCUGCUCUAGAGGGAGGCAAUAAUGCAGUGAGUACCGGGAUUGAAAAGAAGAAAGGAAAGAAAAAGGAGAAAAGCAAAAAAGAUGCAGAAGAAAGUGACUCUGAUGAGGACCAAUCAGACAAAUCAUCCACGGACAGCAGCAAUGAUGAUAGCAGCACAGACAGUGACAGUGAUAGUAGCUCCACAGACAGCGAAAGCUCAAGCAGUUCUAGUGAUAGCGACAGUAGUGAAGCAUCAUCGUCAUCAUCUUUUUCCUCAUCUAGUUCUGAAUCAGAUCAUGGCAGAUCAAAGCAUAGAAGAAGAAAAAGACUUAAAAGAUAGUUAUAAGUUAAAUUGUAUUCUUGCAAAUUCAGGGCUAGAUUUUACUGCUUACUUUGGUAGCUAGUAACCAUGACUAACUACUGUGGUCUACGAUACAAAUGGAUUUGUUGUAAAGAACUAUAAUGCAAAGCUUAUUUUUUAAUACAGAGAUGAACCCUUUGCUAAGACAAUUUAUAAGGACAUCAAAAAGUAUUGAACUGAAAAUCUUUCAAUCCCAGAGACAGAAAACCAUUUUCAUUUUGCUCUAGUUAUUGUUAAGGAUGCAAAUGAUUUGUUGUCAUUAUGAUGGCAGUUGUAUGGCUCUUAACCAUACAUAAAUCCUAUCCAUUUUAUUCCGUUCUCUCCCUAAAGUUGUGUGAAUAUUUUAUUUUAUUUUUUAUGUUAUAUGUUGU